AAGCAAGAAGAAGAAGAAGAAGAAGAAAACAAGAAGGAGCAACAGCAACAGCAACGAAGAUGGACAAGUUGAAUGAGACACACAAGCAUGUGUGCAAGGACUACCUUGCGUUUAUGCGGUACAAGCGCACACAGCACGUUCGCGACAUUGAAGCCACCUUCACCGAUCUCAAAGAAAGCAGGCUGCAAGAUUCCACGUUCACGAGGGAGGAAGUAGAAGACAUGGUGGAUGGGCUAUGCGACGUCGUAAAGGGAGAUGUGGAGACAGAACUCAUCAACAGCUCUCACACAAACGUCCUUGUCCUGCGAAAGAUGAUGGAGCAAGGCGAGGAGUGGAAGCUGACAUUCAAGCUGGAGACGGGCACGCUCGAGGACAGACAUGCGCUGGACGACAUUGCCCGCUUUGAGCGCCAGGAAUCAGCAAGCUCGUCGCUCGGCGCCCCGAAGUUGGAGCCGCUCAAGGAGUCUGCGUCCCCAGCGCUCAUUAAACACGAGAUGGACGCGCUCAGGUCUGAAGUGCAGACGGCGCGCGAUGCGCAGCAGCGGGCGGACCAGAGGGCUGUUGAGGUUGCAAAGGAAAACGAGGCGUUGAAGCAGAGGAUUGCGGAGUUGGAAGCAAAAGCAGCAACAGCAACAGCAACAACGUCAACACCUGUGCCAAAGCCACCGCCAACGUCAGCGCAGCCAAGUGGCAAUGGCGACAAAGCCAAGCAACAGGUGCAAGAGCUUGAGAAGGCAAAAGACAAAGUGGAGACCGAGCUCAAAUCUGCAAAGGCGGAGAUUCUGUCGCUGUCUGCCAAGUUGCGUGAGGUGGAGGCGGCGCUGGAGGCGAAAGUGCACGCGGCGCCGCAGUUUGUGAACAUGCGCAAGAUGCUCGACACGAAGAACCACCAGAUCAAGGAGCUCAGGGAACAGCUUGGCAAGCAGUAGUGAAGCCUCUCUCUCUCUCUCACACACACACACACAUUCCACCAGCGAUUGCUUCGUUGUCGUGCGUGGUGUUGUGGUGUUGCGGUGGAAGGACACGUGUGUCCGCUUUCUGAUUUGCACGAUCUCUCUUUCUCUCUGCCUCCCCCUUUCUCCUUCUCUCCCUUGGUUCUCUUGGUUACACGUUCUGUGCAUUCAUUCAUCACUGCUGUUAUUCGCGUGCCAUGUCAACAAAACGCGGGAACAAGAUGUACUCAAACAAUGAACAACGUAACACGCAA